ACCUGGUGCGACGGGACGUGCGGGUAAAGAAAAUAAACCGUUGAGGCGCUGUGGUGCACAAAUUAUAGCCUACCCCGCCACAAUUCUUCAAUAGGGGUUAAGGGGAUUAAGUCAGGUUGACACGAGCCCCUCGCGACCCUAGCUUUUUGACUGAAGUGCACGCACACAGACACUGCCAACCAAACAGGGUUAACUAAAAAUGUCGCUCUCGCCAGAACCUGCCAUAUCGGCAUCGGAAAAACACAUAGCAGGGCAUAUGGUGACAGUCCAUGGCCUCUCAGAGUUGAGCCCCGACGCCUCGCACGUGUCCAUCCUAUGGCUUCAUCAUGGCCGAACGAGAAGUUCAGCUGAUAUGGCCGACAUAGCGGCUCGUACAGUUGGAGCUUGGAAUCAGGAGCAGAAAUCCAAAGAACGAGGCCUAAUCGCGAUUGCUUUUGACCAGCGGAAUCAUGGCACGAGAAAGAUUUCCCCAAAAGCUAACGAUGCAUGGCGCGGUGGAAAUCCUUAUCAUGCCCAGGACAUGUUUGGGCUUAUUUCUGGUGCUGUUGUAGACACUAGCCUCUUGAUCGACGUGGUUCAGGGGAAUUUGUUUCCCGAGAAGCCUGAUGGAUACGUGGAUGGCCAUUACAUAUUGGGUGUCUCACUUGGUGGCCACAGUACAUGGCAGUUAUUAUUCGCCGACGAAAGAGUUACAGCCGGAGUGGUCAUCAUUGGUUGCCCGGACUAUAUGUACCUACUGUCGGAUAGGGCCAAGCUCUCUAGGCUACCGACCUUUAGCACAGAGGACAACGGAGCAUCAUUCCUCGGCAGCAAGGACUUUCCUCCAGACCUUGUACGGGCUUGUGAGAAGUACGAUCCGAGAGGUUUGGUGUUCGGCCAGCGCAAGACUCCGAGCUGGCCGCUGCCGGUCGAACAGGCAAUUGAAGCCAAGCACAUCCUCACAUCGCGGCUUCGUGGGAAGCGGUUGCUCAAUUGUUCCGGAGGAGAUGACAAAUUAGUUCCUUAUUACUGCUCCAAGCCGUUUGUUGAAUUUAUGAAAGGGGCUCAACAGGAAUGGCCCGAGUUGGACGUUGUAUUUGACGACCGCGUUUACACAGGUGUUGGCCAUGAAUUCAGUGCAGCCAUGGUUACUGACGCCGUUAAAUUCCUCGUCGAGACCACUCGAAUUGAGGGAUCCAGGCAGUCAGGGAAGAGCGGAGAAACUGUAUCUAAGAUAUAAUUACUACCAAAGUUUAGCACAUAGCGUCGUGCUCUUGUGGUUUUAGCGUUCCACCCAAGCGAUUCGUGUCGGGGUCGAAGAAAGCGCUUCUGUACCAUCAACCAAAAAUACGGUUUCAAGUCCGCUCCUAGCCCUCUCAUCGUCACUGGAGAAGAGCUUUUGGCUCACACCCCAGGGAUUCCGUGCUCUGCGCUUUCCAGCCAGCGCAUCUCCAGUGCCAUGGGGGUCCUCUAUCCAUUGACCAAUGACUUCUGCAACUCCCCGCAUCAUGUUUGCCUUUUCCUCCGCGCUCUUCUCAUCACACUCGGUGCCUGUUGUGACGUUGUUAUCCGGAGAGGCAGUGGAUAUGGGAAGGUCCUGUGCAGCCAAAAGCCAUGGAGGAAGGUUAGGUGGGUUUAUGCCAACGUAGUUGACAUGCUCAAGAGGAAACCCGAUGGCAGCGCAGUGAGCGUCGACUAUGCGGGCCUUCUUGAAAGCGUGGCUGACUACCGUGAGCUUCUCAGGCCAGGUUUGGAACCUUCUCCAGAAGGCAAUGAUGGAAAAGAGGACGUUAUAGUACGAAUCCAAAGCCUGUUCCUCGAGAAUUAUGCGGGUGGACAGCGGGAUUGGAGACAGCGGGUGUGCUUCAACCGUUUCUCCCGAAGGAGGGAUGCAACCGAAAUAAUCGUUCGCAGCGGCAAGGUUUCCGUAGCUGCGGGCCUCGGAGAGGCGCGUUUCCUUCCAAGUUGGGCCUCUAAGCCAUGUGGAAUUGGGGGAUAAUUUUCAAGAGCAUCGAUCAGAUUCCAGAACCACCAAGAUGGACACUCUAUUCGUUUUAAAAUAUCGCAAAGAACCUCACCCGGAGAACGCC